AUGCAAGACAAUGCGAGUCUUUUGCCUAUAGGUUGGGUCAUAUGCAUGCUGUACAAUAAUCUGAAAAUGUGUCUGAGGAGUACGGAUACUAGUGUUGAUACCUCUGAAGUGGCAAAGGGCUCAUGUGAUGGUGCUGCCAAGUUAAGCCUGUCAUACGAGUCAAAGGUCACUAAUUCAGUUAGUGUUUCGGUGGAUGCCAAGGAUAAGGUUGAUUUGAAGGUAGAGGUGGAGGCUCCCGAGAAGAAGAGGGAUGAGCCGAAGACGGAGGUGGAGGUGGAGGUGGAGGCGGUGAAAAUCCAAAGUACUGCAUUAUUCCUCAACCUUUUCUUCCUCAAAAGAGUUGAAUCUGCUUUCUCUCUUGAUUUGUCGAAGUACAGAGCCCAAAAACAGAUCAGUCACCAUCCUACUCAUAUCAACUAUGGAGUUGAUGACUUCUUAAGAUGUGUACCACAGUGCCAGUUAUAUGGGAACUUUGGAUCCCCACAGGUUGACAUGGGUGGCCUGUCAGACUCACUUGGGGUUUUUAAGUUGCAUCUAAGUUGGCUCUAUCUUCUUUCUGUUUUGAUUGGUUGA